AUGUCUAGCCAACCGUUGCUCCAGACAGCGCCAGGCAAGCGAAUUGCUCUGCCGACCCGAGUCGAGCCCAAGGUCUUCUUCGCCAACGAGCGCACAUUCCUGUCAUGGCUCAACUUCACCGUCAUCCUCGGUGCCCUCGCCAUUGGCAUGCUCAACUUUGGCGACCGGCCAGCCUUCAUCUCCUCGUUCCUCUUCACCGGUGUGGCAAUGGCGACCAUGAUGUACGCCCUAAUAACGUAUCACUGGCGUGCGAAGUCGAUACGGAUAAGGGGCCAGUCUGGCUUCGAUGACCGUUUCGGUCCCACAUUCCUGGCCCUGGCCCUGCUGUGCGCCGUGGUGGUCAACUUUGUGCUACGCAUCGUGGACUCUUCAAGGAAGUCGAAUCCUUAG